UAUUUGUUGAUUUUCUAUAACAUAUAAUUAAUAUGUCUAUAAUUUACAAAAUCGCACUAUCCGUUUAAUAAAUAACAAACGGGUAUUUUCUAAUCGGAACUUUUCGAUUGGUUAUUUUUCAUCGGUUUUUUUCCGAUUAAAGGAAUCGGUAAUAUCCUUUCGUUACUUUUUAAGUACUUCGUUACUUUUUUUCUGAGUGCAUAUUUCAUUUAAUAAUUUGACUACGUCGUACUCAUUAUGAAUAUUAUUUCGCUACAAGCAGUUUACAUAUUAAUCAUAUUGUUCUUUUUGUAUAGAUAUCGAACCGCGUUGUAUAUCUAUUGAACUAUUAUCAAACCGCAUCGUACAGAUAAAGAACCGUUAUCAAACUGCUUCAUAUAACUGCCGAACCAUGGUCGAACCGCUAUCGAACCAUAUCAUAGAGCUAUCGAACCACUAUUGAAUCAUUAUCAAACCGCAUUGUACACUCAGAGAAAAAUUUCCAGUCUUUUUCCGAUAAAAAGGAUCGGAUCGUCCAUUGCAAAAGUAAAAGAUUACAUUGAACGGAUAAAAAUUCCGUUCGCAGUUUAUUGGAAAUAUUAUCAGAAAUAUAUUGAUCGCAAUAUCCGAAAAAAAUACCUGUUUGUUACUUUUUCAACAAAUAAUCCGAUCAUGUGCAUUUAAAAUUAUCCAUUCAAAUUAUUCUGAUAAAAUCGGAUUUUUCCUGUCACUUUUUGACAGGAUUUUAUAGCUGUACACUGUAGUCCUAUUUUUCCAUUUGCAUCCCUAGUAGCACAGUGGAUGAGCAAUACAUUGGUCAACGUUGGCUACACUGAGAGAAAUAGUUUGGUGAAUAAAACUAGACUUGUUUUAUGACAAGUAUAAGUGUAGUAAAUUUAUAUGCGAUACAUGGUUUACACAUCCAAUAGUUUGGUUAUAAUGUCUCAACUCAUCUAAUAAUCGAUACCGAGACAUUUAGUUAUAGGCAGUUUGGUACACUAAAAAAAAUUGCUUGGUGACUGAAACUAGACUUGUUUUAUGAUAAGUAGUGUAGUAAAUUUAUAUGCGAUACGUGGUUUACACAUCCAAUAGUUUGAUCAUAGUGUCUAGACGCAUCUAAUGAUUGUACCGAGAAAUUUAGUCAGUAAGCAGUUUGGUAAUUUUCUCUAGACGUGUGGUAUCAGUAACGCGACAGUCAGUUAUCUCUCGCUGAGACGCUUUGUUUUUUCAUGUACGCGUAUAAAUCGAAGCUGUAGAAAAUGGAUAGUGAAACUAAAAAAUAUUUACAAGAAUGGAAUUUUGUUCAAUAUAUCGAUGUAUUUCGAGAGCAGGAGAUUGAUUUUGAGGCGUUUCUUUGUAUAAAUGACACGUUACUUCAAUCGAUUAUACCCACUGUUGGACAACGUGCAAAAUUUUUUAAAAAAUUAGACAACUUAAGAAAAAAGUUAAACGGACUCCAGGAGUUAUCAUCGAGCAUUGAACAUGUAAAAGAAUUAGUUCUAGAAGAAAAUAAUUCUUGUUCGAUUUUGGAGCCCAAUAUUUCAGAAAUUCCGCCAUUAGAAGAAAACGAAGUCAUAGAUAUAAAAGCUAUUUAUAUUGAAAACAUAUCUUAUAAUUUAGAUAACAAUAAUAUAACAUUAGAUGCAAUAGUCAAUGAGGAAACAUCCAAGGAACAUAAUUUGUGUGACAAAAUUGUUUGUUCCAGUGAGCCUCCUUCUAAGAAAAACAAAAAACAAAAUGCGGUUGAGGCUGUAUUGAAUAUACCUGGACGAGAAAUCUUUGCUUUACAAAUCAAAGAAAAUUAUAAAGCAAAUACUGCUGAAAAAAAACUUAUAGGACUUUCUCGAAAUUUUAGCAAUAAAUUGUGCUUUUUUUUGAUUAAUGAUGAGCUGAAUGGCAAUGCUUCUAACACGAUUUCAACUUCCCGUUUUCUACAAUUAGCAGAAGACAUUGUUGAAUAUUUUCCUGCCGAAACAAAGGAAGUAUACUAUAUUCCAUAUAAGGCAAUUAAAAUUAGUAAGAAGAAUGUUAAAAAAAUUGCCCCAAAAGGAAAACUUUAUAAUCAAUACACAAAUUUAAUGAAAGAAUUGUUGAAAGGAGGGCUACGAGAAAGCUGCAAAACUAGCAGUAAUUCUAUUUCUACAUUAGAUGAAGUUUUCUUAGAUGAUGCGAAUCAAGCUUCUUUAAAGUGGCUCGCGAAAAGAGUAGAGUUAUGUAACAAAGUUCCUCUUGAGUGGAAAGCCACACAUCAAUUGCGCAUGCAUAGUUUGCAAAACAGUUCAAAUGAAGAAAAGCAUCAAAAAAUUAAAGGCAAUAAAGAAAAUCCUUUGAAAAACAGCAUUGUUUCUUAUUUUAUGGAAUUUCCUUUUCUUAAACAACCAGGAGGUCUUGCUUUGCUUGAGCUAGAUUUUGAUACUCUCUACCCGAGCAAAACAAAAUCACUUUUUACUGAGUGGGAAUUUUUCUCUCAUCGUUUAAGAUCUAUCGCUAGAGUAGAAGAGAACAAGUCUCUUAGUGAUGCUGAGAUAUUUAUGCUCUUGAGCUCUGUAUUUAAUGCCAUUGGUUAUAACAGUGUUCGUGUAACUAAAAAAUGGAGAGCAAACAGACAAGAAAUGUUGCACAGUUUUAUCUGUCAUGUAAAGACCACUGAUGCUAUAGAAGGUGAAGUAAAUGCUAUUGAAGCCAAGGCUGCAACAGAAAAAAUAACUGUGCAACCAUUUGUGAUUCUUGUUGGAGACGAUCUGCAUCACAUUACAGACUCGUAUGUACAUAUUGCUGGAAUACGCUUUCGAGUUAGCUCACCCAAAGACGCAGUGGAUUCUAUAUUCAAAGCUUUUCAUGCACUUCAUACAUCAUAUCCCAUUCAAUCAGAAUGUUUUUGGCUACUUAUUCAGAAAGUGAUUUAUAAGUUUAACACGAAGUGGGAUAACAAUAUUCCUUCUGUACAAGUUUUAAUUUCUAAAUUUUUAAAUUAAUUUUUGCAUACAGUAAGAAGUGCUUACAAUGCCUAAGUGUCCUGAUUGUACUUUAUCUGUUCCGACUGUUAACAGUUUAAAAUUACAUCUAAAUUUGUGUCAUGUUAGUCGAGGCUUAGUGUAUACAUGCAAAGAGGAAUUUUGUAAUAGAAUAAUGAAUGGUUGGGGAGAAUUUAGGAGGCAUUUAGUGAAAAAACAUAAUUUUAGUUGUGCUACAAUUAUAUCAAAAGGGGGAAAAACCAUUCAAUAUCCAACAAAUUCUAACUUAAAUAUAAUAAAUGAUAUAGUAAAUGAUUGUCAAUAUAAUACUGUGGAAGAUAACACAAAUAAUCUAUGUACCUCAGUAGAGAAUAUCGAAGAACAAUUUUUAUUUUAUGCUCUUUCCAUUGUUAGUCAGUUUUAUGCAGAUCCUACUUUAGCUAGAUCACAUGUACAAUAUUUGAUUCUUAUUCUUAAGAAUUAUACUGAACGUAUUGUUAACGCAAUAAAACCAGUUUUAUUGCAACUUUGCAGUGACAAGGAGGUUCAGACAAAUAAAGAUCUACAUGUUAAUAAAAUACUUUUCAUGUUGCAAGCAAUGCUUAAACCUUGGAAUUCAACUUUGUCCACUGAAUUCAAACGAUUAAAAAUUUUGCAAGCUUCAGGAAACUUUAUUAAAGCAGAUGAUUAUAUUGUUGGAGAUAGAUUAGAUGAUAUCCUAUAUUUGGGACGCGUAAUACAAGAAAGAGUUUCUGUGAAAGCUAAACAUGUUCCUAUGCGAGAGAUUCUCCGAAAGUUUUUCUCAUUACCAAAUGUCCUUCAAUCUGUUCUCACUUACAUGAGUGAACUUGAACAAGAGUCAAGACAUGGUAUUAUUUCAAAUUUUAUUCAGGGUGCGCUUUGGAAAAAAAAAUUACAAAAUUUUUCAGACAAAACUGUUUUUCCACUAUUUAUUUACUUUGAUGACUUCGAAGUAAAUAAUCCACUCGGUUCUCACGCAGGCAUUCAGAAAUUAGGUGCUGUGUAUUUCAGUUUACCGUGCUUACCUUCUCAAUAUAAAUCUAGUGUAGAAAAUAUUUUUUUGACUCUACUCUUUCAUGCUAGUGACAGAACAAACAUUCAUAAUGGAAAUUACAAUGUCUUUAAAAUUUUAGUUAAUGAACUAAACUUCCUUCAAGAGGAAGGAAUAACAGUUGAAUUUGAUAAACAAAAAAA